UCGCGUUAGAAGCACCGCGCGCUCUCCGUUCCGCGGGUCAAAACACGCGGUAUGUUGCAAAAAACACCCACGACGCUACAGGUGCCCUAAUCGCCAGCCACAUGAUAAAUGACAGUGUUUUUUCGACCCGACAGCCGCGCCCGACCAGUUGAGUGCAUACAUCAUGACAAUAAACUAGCCAGCGUGCACCGUGCAGUUUUUAAGAAUUGAAAAAUGUUUGGAAGAUUAAAAUUGUGAUAAAAUAGUGCUAGUAAGUGUUAAGUAAACUCCGAGUGAUGGUUUAAGUGAUGUGAUAAGGAACGUUUAGGCGAUGGUGCGGUUUCUAGUGACGGCAUGGCUUUCUGUACUCAUCCUGUGCUGCGGUUUAAGACAAGGAAGCGGUCAGGCGACGGACGUGGACGUCCGUUUGGUGUCACCUGCGUGGGUAGCUCGGGGCGGUUCAGCGACGCUGCGGUGUCUCCAUCAAGUGCCUCCACAGUUGUUAUACAAGGUGGAGUUCUUGAGGACUGGCACCAAGCUGCUGCAGUAUGUCAGGGAGAGGGUCCCGCCUUUUACCAGCUAUACUUUUGCUGGAGGAAGGGUUAAUAUGACUUUAUCUACGGAAAAUUCGAUAACUAUCGACAACUUGGACCCAUCGGCCUCGGGGCUCUAUUGGUGCGAGGUGUCUUUGGAGACACCCAUCUUCACGGCCGCCUCCAAUCCAAGACAGCUGACUGUUGUAUAUUCACAAAAACACCCGCCAAUCAUAACGUUUGGUAAACCAGACGUGGUGGUUGGAGGAUUGCUUCGCGCCAACUGCACGAGCGCGCCCGCUGCGCCCGCGCCUCGGCUCACGUGGUACAUUGACAAUGAAAAAGUCGACGAAGAAUCAGUGAAAUACUUCUCCUACCGGGUUUCAAGCUCCACCCGAACGAAGGGUGGCGGUGGCUACCGACAUAGAAAGCACCAACAUCGGUACAUAGCCCCCGAGUUUAACUACACGGCUAAAUACUGGGCUCUGGUUAGUGAAACCACUGUAGCCCCGCCGGUUAACGUGACCAAACAUCAUAAGUGCACUUUGAAGGAUCAGCAGAGCGAAGAAAUGGCUAAGAUUCAAGAGCGGCCACGCGUGCCUCCCGCCAUCCCAAUCUCUCUAUGGGUGUCCAUAGCCGAGCUGCGUGCGCCCGCGCAUGGCAGACUCCAACUGACCUGCACAGCCACCAUACCUGAUGAAGUCGGGCCCGGGGAGAAGUUCGCUGAUAUUAAGAAGCAGACUGUUACUGUGGCGGUCAACGAACUAAGUUUGAAGAAGCCACAUUCAGACACGAGCCAGGCAAACGCCACCUCAAGCUGUGUACAAAAGUACCCGUUCUGGCUUCUCGGCUGUGGUCUCAUUCUACGCGAAUUUACACUCCAAUUAAAUUGAAUGACUCCAUGAAUCUCGCCUAUCCCCGAUCAAAUAUUUUACCUGCGAAGCGGCUUAUAGAUUGUAGUUUCAAUAUUUCUUAGGUACCCUUUAUUUAUACUAUACAACUUUGUGUACCUUUAAGCUUUCUCGUCUCACUUUCAAGGAAUAAGGUUGUCCUAAAAACUUUGUUUUGCUAAAUACAUUUUUUACAAUUAUACACCCUUAUAUUAUAUUUAUACAUCUAUCCUGAAGUUGAACAUAAAGAAAUUAAAACUUGCUUAAGAUAAAAUAUUUUAAUGAAAUCAAAUAUAAAUAUAAUUUCACUGUGUUCAUACAUUAAUGUUAAAAUGUAACUAGAGUUUAUUGUUAAAUUGUGUAUAAUUUUAAGAUGGUGUUAUUAUUUUUAACAACUUCUACCUUCGGAUGUGUCUUUUUUCUUCCUGAGCUUUUGUAUGUCAAUUAUACCUAUCUGAUCUAGUUACUACAGGGUUCCAAGGUUUAACCAAACUAUCGCUAUUUUUAUUACGAUAACGCAUUUAAAGGCUAUUUCUGGAUAUCUAUCUAACUGCAUUCGAAUAGCUAACAUGUUAAUGAUAAAUCAUAAAAAAACAAUAAUUACAAUAAGGUAGAAAUUGAUCUCAUCUGUAAUACAAUGCUGUAAGUGUGAAAUUUUUCGAAAGUUCCAUUCAAUAACAUCAGAAUAAAUAACAAUAGAGUAAUAUCGAAUGUUCUGGAAUAUAAUUCUUUCUCGCUGCUGCUUUGAGUGUUGUCUUGCCCCUAGAUUAAAGGUCAUCAUGAAAUAUUCAGAACUAAGUUCCCCAGAGUUUAAAAGUGCGUCUACGUUCCCUGUUCAUUUCGUUCUUGAAUAUUUAAAUUAUAUAUUCCUUUUUCAUUUUUAGAUCUAAGAUUUCUAGAAAAAUAGAAAAAAAUAUUUAUAAAACGAAUUCAAUUUUGUUUUUCCUCGUUCGUAAUCAGAAUAUUUCAUGUUGGUAGGUGAUUUUCAAAGUGAGAACGUAUUUUGAGAAUUAAAUUAUUGUCUAAUAUAUGUAUUUCAGCAGAAUAUUUUCGAUAUGAUUAGUGUUACGCUGUAAAGCAGAGGUUAUGGUAUUUAAUCGUAAUUGCCUUGUGGGGGAGGACUUGUUUGGGGAAAAAUCUGAUUAGCCCCUUCGGGUGAAGUCGGCCCAAAUGAAAUUACACAUUGGGGAGGAAUUAACUCGAUAUUAAUGUAUGAUUGCGUUUGUCCGAAAAACCUGUUGGGGGCAAAUUGAAUUAAGGGUUCCGUGACAAGACUUCGUCCCCCUCAUUGGCGUUGGAAGUCUUCCUGCAGCUCUUUACACUGACUAUUGUAGAAAGUUUAUUUGUUAGGCUAAAAGAUGUGAUAAGUUAAGAAAAUGUGUAUAUUGAAGCGAAAUAUAUUUUAAAAAUAGAUUAAUUAUUUAUGUGCUAUUGUAUAGAUGAAAGUAUAUGAAUAAUUGUAAAAUAGAUACAUUUAGGCGUAUUAGGUAAAAUCCAUGAAAGCUGAUAAUCGCUUCUAUUAUUUAAAAAAGUCUUGAAAUAUAAUUUUAAUAAGUUUCCAGUCUUAUUGUUAUAUUUUUAGCCUCACUGGAAUAUACGAAGAAAUGUUAUGUAAAUAAUAUAAUUUUCACAGACGCGACGAAUACGCAAAUUGGCACUUUUAUUUAUAACUGUCGUGACCUUUCCGUCAAGAAAUAAUAAAAUCAUUUGUAAAUUGACACCGGGAUAUUUAUUUCACUCUGAACAGUUUCAUUAUGACAUCCCCAAUUCGGAAGUUGUUAAGUGCUUCAAAUAAAAUUAUAAAGUUAUUACUUUUUUGAAAAUAGACCAGUUUUGAAAUAUACAUUUUUAGAAAUAUAAUGUUGAUUUAAUUGGUUGUAAAUUUGAUUGGCUUAAUUUUGGCAAUUCUGAUGUUACCAAAAAAAUCAGGACAUCAAAAAUAAAUACAUACUACCUAUCUACCACAUUUAAGUUUGAAACGUUGUAUUGCCAGUAAAAAUUACAAUAUUAAAGACAAUUUUAUUUCCACAAAAAACAAAUGAAAGUCAACUGCAAAAGUCAAAUUCGCUCGAUAAACCUCACCAUGUGCAAUGCAAGAGUGAACAUAUGGCUUCUAAAAAAAUGGUGGGAACGCGUAGCUCACUGGGUUGAAAAGACCCAGUGAGAUCGAAAGUGAUACGGUCAAUCAUUGUCAGAUGCAAACACAACACUUUUUUUAUUUUCAGUUUUAGAGAAUUUUGAAGAUUUUUGAGUGACGGACCAAAUCUAUGUACUUCUAAAAAUAUUUUUUGCCAAUGUACUUCGUGUCAAAUAUUUUUCUUUAAAUAGUAUUGUUUUAAGAUACCAGGUCGGAUUUUGGCUCAAACAAGGAACGUGUAAAUACCUGUGUGUGUAUAUCGAAGAAACAUGUUGUUAUGAACAAUUAUUACGGUUUAUUAAAAAUUUACGAUUUUUGAGCCAAAAAUUGCAAUUAUUUACAUUUUCCAUUGCUUAUAAAAUAGGUGGUUGUUAUUAUUUUUAUUUACUAUUAAGAAGCGAUUGUUGGCAUAAAUAAUUUUCUUUAGUCCUCUGGCCAUUUAAAUAUUAAUAAUAAAAUAUUUUAUGUAUGUACCUACAUGAUCGUACAAUGUGAAAGAUUAAUAAAAGCUUAAAUUAAGCCUC